CUGAUAGACGGCACUGACUGGCAUCACUGCUGGGCACUGACUGGUGGCACUGACUGGCACAACCCCUGGGCACUGACUGGUGGCACUGACUGGCAGCACUGCUGGGCUGCACUGGUGGGUGGCACUGGUGGGUGCACUGCUGGGCACAGGUGGGUGCACUGCUGGGCACAGGUGGGCGGAACUUGCGGGUGGCACUGCUGGGCACCGAUCAUCAGGGCACUGAUCAUCAGUGCCCUGAUGAUCGGUGCCGAUCCCCGCUCUGACAACUGCCGGUUCUCGGCAGUACUUUCCUCACGAUCUGACAGCGUGAGGAAAGUGCAGCCGAGAACCGGCACUUGC